UCUCUGAAGAGUAAUCCCUAAAAUGUUCUUCCUAAACUCCUUGAUCUUGUAGACACUGUUAAGAAUGUGGUUUGAAUUUAGUAAGGCUUUGAGUCCAUAGUAGAAUCUUUUUCUUUUUUUGUUACUCCAAAUGAGCUUUUCUUUUCUUGAAGUUUGACAGUGAUGAAUCUUUAUUACAGAAAUGGCCAAUCAAGUUAGUAAGAAGUUCACUUGGGUGAUAGAUGACUUCUCUAUGCAAUCUGAGAUGUAUUCAUCUGUUCCAGUCCUGAUUGGUGACUGCGAAUGGUAUAUUUUUAUUGAUCCCAAGGAAGGAAACGUUAAUUCUUUGUAUAUGGGUCUUGAAGUUGCUGAUCCUGAAUCAUUGCCUUCUGGAUGGAGAAGAUACGUAAAGCUUCGGCUAUCUGUAGGAAACCAAUAUUUGGGAGAACUUGCAUUACUGAAUGAAAAUCAUCUCUGGUUUGAUCAGAAGAAAUUGGGCUACGGAUUUUCAACUAAUGUUCCUCUUACCAAACUCCUUGACGAAAGCAAAGGGUUUCUAGAAAACGGAGAACUCGAGAUUGUUGCUGAGGUAGAAGUUGCUGAAGUUGUUGGCACAUAUGGUUGCUCAGAAGAAUAUGAAGGUGCAUACCAAUCUCCAAGCGAGAUGAUGCUAGAUGAUGGUCCGAAGCCUUUACGCAACAAGACUCAAGAGAGCGUCGAUGUCAAUGGGUUUCAUGUUCUUCCAUCACAGGUAGAAAAAAACUUAUGUAGUAGUGCAAACUUUUUCCUUGUCUUCACCUUUUUCCAGAUUUCCAAAGAAUGCUCUCUCAUAUGCUUGCAGGUUAAAUUUGUGAGAUGUAUUUUUGAAAGACACCCAGGCAUUGCAGUAGGGUUCCGUUCAAAGAACCAACUUCUGAGGAAAACAUCUAUGAAUUUCCUGCUCAACUUAAUCGAAACGCUAUGCCAAUCUCUUCAGGACCUUUCUAAUGAAGAUCUUAAGGAUGCAGACAUUUCUCUGACAUACUUGAAAGAUGUUGGCUUUGAAGUGGAGUGGUUGGGGUGUAUACUAGACGACGUAAAAGAAAAGAAGGAGAAAGAACAGUCUAGUUUGGUUAGGCUACGAGAAAUGGAUGAUAGCUUACUUAAACUGAAGCAAAAAUGUUCAGACCUUGAUGCUCUAGUGAAGGAGGAGGAGGCAGAGUUGUCGGCCACCAGAACCCCUCUCUCGUUCUAUGAAGUUGUUUGAUCUCUUGAGUUCUUACCCAUUUGUUUGUGUCCUCUUCUUUUGUUUUCUUUUUUUGUUUCAAAAUAAGACAAUUUUAUCUAUGUUUGUGGAAAGUCUUGGGCUAUGCGCAUGAAAAGUAACAUGGUUAUAAAUCUUGAUUUUUAAGUAA